GGUGUAUAUUAUAUAGGUCGUUGUUUUUUUGGAGACGGAACGCGUGUUUAUAUUUUGUAGUCACGGAAAUGAAUGACUGUGUUGUGUUUGAAUUGUUACAAUUGUAGACACAUUGGCGUGAAGCUUGUCAGAGACUUUGGAAUGUGAUUCGUAUUCAAUUUUGGACGAUAGUUCUAUGUGCUUUGAGCUACACUAGUAACUGGUUACUAACUGCUGUUGAGCACUGAGCAGGAUGAUGAAGUGUAUGCUUAUGUAAAUGUGCACCGUUUUUACAGAAGUGUAUUCCAGCUAUAAAACUAACGACAAUGCAACCGGUGAGUCAUAUUGUGGCCGUGCGAAUUGUGCCCCUCUGCUGGACCUCGUGUAGACACACCUUUUGCUAUAAUAUAUGGGGCUUAAAAGCGCAUAACCAAGCAGAAUCGCAGCGACCGGCGGAUAUUAUCCGUAACUCUUCAUCAAAAUUGUUACAUACAGCGAGUGCUGAGGACAAUAUCAGUUUGUCAGAUGACAGCAAAUCAACACUUCGAAAACUUGUUGAGGACGUUGGUAUCGAUGAAGAAACAUUUAAUAAAUCCUUUCGUAAGGAACCGAGAUUGCUUGAUGUACACCCCUCAGUAUGGGAAAAUAGUUUGAAGGCAUUACGAGCUUGUGGUUUUUCUGGAAAGGAGUGCCUAAGCAUGUUCAUAGCAUCACCUUCGUUAUUGAAAACUAAGCCCGAUGCUCUAUUAUCGGGCGUGAAAAACUGGCAAAACACUGUCCUUGGCGAACAGAAGCUGAUUUCAUUGCUCACGUUAUGUCCGCAGCUGUUAUUCGCCGAACGCCACGAAAUUUAUAGAAGAGUUCCUGUUUUGAAAACACUGUCAUCACAGGACAAUGUUGUAGAACUCCUGAAACGUUAUCCAGACUACAUGUUCGUAGACUGGAAUGACUUCUUAGCUAAAGUGAAUUAUGUGGAAGAAGAGAUGAAAAUAAACAGAAUUCAAAUAUCAAAGUGUGAUCUAUUGAGUUGUUCACUACUUGAAUUAAGAACUAGACACAUGUUCUUAGAACGUACUGGUAACUACAUUCCUCCAAAUCCUAAAACGGCAGAACAUUUGCCAAACAAAAAUCCGAGUUUGAGGCAAAUAAUAGAUAGUGAUGAUAUCCAUUUUGCAACAAAACUUGCAGGAGUGACGGUAGAAGAAUUUGAGGUUUUCCGGGAACUAUAUAAAGAAGAACUUAAUCAAACUGUUUAUGAUUACUCUGAUUCCGACUGAAUUUGCACGUGGUUGUGACAAAAUCGCUAAUAAAUAAAUAUUUUAUGCUCCCUA